AUGUCUCUGGAUUCUCAGAUUGGAACACAUUUUCCUGAAAACGGUCUUAGCAGGCCCCUCGGGAACACUCGCGGUUCCCCUCGCGGUGGGCUCCAGGCAGCCCGGCCACCCGCGGGCAGGGUGUGCUUGAGGGUUCCCGGCCGGGUUGGCGGCCCUGGGUGCACUUCCUCAGCCUCCAGCAGCCCCGUCCCCAAAAGCGACAGAGGAAGGAAACCUGGAACCCGGGAGAAAGGACAGGGAGCGGCAGCCUUCGCCUCGGCAGCGGGGAGAGGCCAGAAGCUGGCGACGGCCGGCGAACUCCGCCGCGGGCCGACAGCCCCCGCCCAGUACCGCGGGCGCGUCCCGGAGUCCCCGGCACCUACCCGUCCCCUUCCCUUGCCCGACCCAGUCCCCCUUCCCGACCCCACCGCGCCCGCGCCGGCGCCGGCCGGUCCGCGCUGUACUCACGCUCGGGGCUCCUCCAGGCUCCGCGGCUCCAACCGCAUCGGGUCCCAGCCCCGCGGGCGGCGGCAGCGGCGCCGCCGAGGGAGAGGAGAGCGGGCGGCACGGCUCCCGCCUCCCGGCCCCUCUCCCCCGCCGCUCCGGAGCUGCCCGGCCGGGCCUGAGCCCUGCCUCGCCGGCGGCCCCAGCCCCAGCCCCAGCGGCCGCAGCAGCAGCCCGAGACCUCGGCGGCGGCACCGGAACUGCCGCUUUCUCCUUCUUGCUAGCCCCCGACGCACGCCCCCGCCUCGUCUCCUUUCUCUGUCGCCCUUGUUUUUUUUUUUUUUUUUUUUUUUUUUUUUCUUUUGUUUCCAGAAUAAACUUUAUUGGUCUCUUUUUCCGCUCACAUCGUGUAAACAAACAACGAACUCUUCCCCACCCCCUCGACUCCCCCCUCCUCUGGCAGAGGAGGGUAAAAACCGAGGAGGAGCCGAGCCUCAAAUGCCCCGGAAGCAGAGGUGCAAAGGAGCGGAAGUGAAAUUGAGGAGAGAAGGAGGGAGAAGUGGGCACGUCGGGCAACAGUCUGUCACUGCGCCUGCGCCCUGCUUUUCCGCCCGGAGUAGGAUGCUGUUGCGAUUGGUUUUCUGGGGAGGAGAAGAAGAAGAGGAGGAGGAAGAGGAGGAGGAGGAAGAGGAAGAAGAAGGACGAAAAAAAGAAGAAGCACAACAAAAUUUCAAAAUACAUCAGUCAGCAGGCAACAAUGGUACAUACAUUGUGCAUUGACAUCCCCAAAUCAUUCACCCAGAGCACAUGAUAUCUAAAUUCAGUUGUUCAAACAGUAGCAAAAAAUCUUUCUCUUUAGUGAACUCAGAGAAGUAACUAUCUUAACUAUUUUUUAUAUACAUAUACAUAUACAUAUACUUGUUUUUUUCUUUCAGCUUCUCACAUUAAUGAGACAACACGAUGUUUACACAUGUGUGUCUUUUUCACUAAUGAGUAUGGUCUCAAGUUGCAUCCAUUUACCCAUAAGUCUCCAGUUUACCCUUCUUUAUGGCUGAGUGGUGUUCUACUGUAUAAAAA